AUGAAAAUCAUCUCUAAAGAAACGAGAGAAAAUGAGACAGUAAGAUACAGCAGGCAGCCGUUAAAACAAAGAUCGAACCCCGAAAUAUAUGAAUCACUACAAGACUUGAUUGAUGAACCACCCCCACCGCCCUCUAUCGAGACAUUGCCGAGAAACAAGACGGUUCCGUUCAAGAAACAGUUGUCAUUACCAGAUGGCGCUUGCAAUGACAGAAAAAUUACAUGUCCUACUGAAAGGCCAAGAUAUCCCUUACCACACGAAACUGAGAGGACAGAAGUUCCACCGUUACUACCAAAACGAAGUAACUUCGCCACAAUGCCAACAAGGACGCCAAAAUUACGACGAAUGCAACCUCCAAUGAGUAUGUAA